CCUGAAUACGGGCAGGGAAAACUAUGCUGGUUUUGUGAAUGAUGUAAAAAUACAUUUUUUAUAAUUAAAGAUAUUUUAUUUUACAGUGUUCACUUCAGUACUUCUUAUGCAUCAGAAGAUGGUGAACCUAAAGCAAGCAAUCCUGCAGGCUUGGAAGGAGCGAUGGAGCGACUAUCAGUGGGCCAUCAAUAUCAAGAAGAACUGCCCAAAAGGAACCACCUGGGACUAUCCCAACCUCGCAGAAGCUUUAUUGGAGCAGGCGAUGAUCGGACCUUCUCCGAAUCCUCUCAUUCUCUCGUAUUUGAAGUACGCCAUCAGUUCUCAGAUGGUGUCCUACUCCAGCGUUCUCACUGCCAUCAGUAAGUUUGAAGAUUUCUCCAGAGAACUCUGCGUGAAAUCUCUCCUGGAGAUCAUGGACAUGUUCUCCCACCGUCUCAGCUGCCACGGGAAAGCAGAGGAGUGUAUCGCUCUGUGCCGGGCGCUGCUGGGUACCAUUGUUUGGCUCCUGCAGGGGUGCGGUUGGUACUGUGAGAAACUUAAAGAGCCUGGCAUCAUGCCCAUGGGUGAAGCCAGCCUCUGGGCCUGCCAAGAGCGUCUGGAGAAGCUUCUGCAGCGACCCCAAAAUAGAGCACUGAUGCACAUCGCUCGUCUAGAAGAGCAAGCGUCAUGGAGCAACGUCGAGCAAGCGCUGAUCAAACUAACAGAGAAUCUGGGGAGCACAGCCAAUCAGACGCUGAAGAGCAAACUGGAAGAGUGUGUGUUACUGGUCAAGAGUAUUCCUCAGAUGCUGAGCGUUCAGUCCGAUCCCCCCGUUCAGACCGCCUUCUCUUCGGUCCACGCCUUCAUCAUGCUGGAGGGAACCAUGAACCUGACGGGCGAGAUGCAGCCGCUGGUCGAGCAGCUCAUGAUGAUCAAGAGGAUCCAGCGCAUCCCAGCUCCACUUUUCGUCCUGGAGAUCUGGAAAGCCUGCUUCACCGGGCUCAUCGAGUCACCAGAGGGCACCGAGGAGCUCAAAUGGACGGCCUUCACUUUCCUCAAGAUCCCUCAGGUUCUCCUCAGACUGAAGAAGUACCCUCAGGGAGAGCAGGACUUUACGGAGGAUGUGAACGUGGCGUUUGAGUAUCUCCUGAAGCUCACACCACUGCUGGACAAAGCAGAUCAGAGAUGCAACUGCGACUGUCUGAGUCUUCUGCUUCAGGAGUGCCACAAACUGGGUCUUCUGUCCGAGUCCAACAUGACCGGCCUCACCGCCAAACGGGCUGAGGAUAGGGAGUACGCCCCCAAGCUGAAAACGGCAGAGAAUGCCAACAUCCAGCCGAACCCCGGGCUCAUACUGCGGGCAGAGCCGACUGUCACCAACAUACUCAAGACCGUAGAUGCCGAUCACUCCAAAUCUCCAGAGGGGUUGCUGGGAGUUUUGGGUCACAUGCUCUCAGGAAAGAGUUUGGAUUUGCUCCUGGCAGCAGCCGCCGCCACCGGGAAGCUGAAAUCCUUCGCUCGCAAGUUCAUCAAGUUGAAUGAGUUCCCCAAGCACAUCAGUGGUGAAGGAUCGAAAUCUGCCUCAGUGCGAGCGCUGCUGUUUGACAUCUCCUUCCUCAUGCUGUGUCAUGUGGUUCAGACGUAUGGAUCAGAGGUCAUCCUGAGCCACCCUGAGCCGAAUCCAUCAGGAGAGACUCCUUUUUUCGAGACCUGGUUGCAGAUGUGCAUGCCGGAGGAAGGGAAGAUCUUGAACCCGGAACACCCUUGCUUCAGACCUGAACCAGGAAAAGUGGAGGGUCUGGUGACGCUGCUCAACACUUCGUCAGAGAUGAAACUGGUUCAGAUGAAAUGGCACGAGAUCUGUCUGAGUACGCCGGCGGCUAUUCUGGAGGUUCUGAACGCUUGGGAGAACGGAGUGCUCUCUGUAGAAGCUGUACAGAAGAUCACUGAUAAUAUUAAAGGGAAAGUGUGCAGCAUGGCCAUCUGUGCCGUGGCCUGGCUGGUGGCUCACGUUCGGAUGCUGGGAUUGGACGAGAGGGAGAAACCACAGACCAUGAUUCGCCAGCUCAUGUCGCCUUUUUAUGGAGAGAACACCCUACAGUUUUACAAUGAACGAGUGGUGAUUAUGAGCUCUAUACUGGAGCACAUGUGUGCUGAUGUGUUCCAGCAGACGGGUCAGAAUGUGCGCUCGGUCAUGGAGUCCCAGGAGCCACUGCCCUACCGCGCCCUCCUGCCCCUGCGCCAACCCAUCCGUCAAGCCCUGAGCUCCAACUUCCGCCAGGCUCUCAACAAGGGCUGGGUGGAUUCGAGCACCCUGCACCUGCUGGAGGGUCUGCUGCACAUCGGUGGGGUGUACUGGUUCACCAACAACCUCAUCAGGGAGCUUCUGAAGGAAACCCGUAAAGAAUGGGCGUUCCGUGUUGUCGAGCUUCUCUACAGCAUCUUCUGCCUUGACCUACAGCAGAUCACGCUCACUCUGAUUGGUCACAUUGUGCCUAAUCUGCUGACCGAUCCCGCCCACUGGCAUAGCCUGGCAGACCCGCCUGGCAGAGCCCUUGCGAAGUUGUCGGUGUGGUGUGCUCUCAGCUCCUACUCGUCUCACCAUAAGGUGCACGCCUCAGUCCGACAGCGCAAGAGACAGCGAGAAGACAUUGAGGACUACUGCAGCCUCUUUCCAUUGGACGACACUCAGCCGUCAAAGCUGAUGCGUCUGCUCAGCUCUAACGAGGACGAGCCGGCCGUGCUGAGCAGCCCAGGUGACCGAAUGAUGAGCAGCUCGCUGUCGGCUUCCCAGCUGCACACCGUCAACAUGAGAGAUCCACUCAACCGCGUGCUAGCGAAUCUCUUCCUUUUGAUCUCGUCCAUCCUGAGCUCCAAGACGGUCGGCCCUCACACGCAGUUCGUACAGAGCUUCAUCGAGGAGUGUGUGGAGUGUUCGGAGCAGGGCAGCCGAGGGAGCAUCCUGCAGUUCAUGCCGUUUACUAUGGUUUCUGAACUGGUGAAGCUUCAUGCGCUGGCCAAACCCAAAGUGGUCCUGUCCAUCACAGAUCUGACCCUCCCUCUGGGCCGAAGAGUGGCGGCAAAAGCAAUCGCUGCUUUGUAGCAAACACACACACCCACACACACACACACACACACAUUUUUCCAAGUAACUGGUUAAUGGUCCUGCUUCAAGUACCAACUGUAGCAGCCUGGCAGUGGAGAGAUUUGAACCCUCAACCUUUAGAUGAAUAGCUCACCACCUUGUUAAGCAGGCUAACACAUACGCAAGAUGUUCCGGCACACGUAUCCUGUGUUAAUUCAUCCACAAACGUAGUUUACAGUAAAGGUAUGAAGUGGGUGUGGUCAGACUAAGACUUAAGCUCUAAGUGAUUCACUGUUGUGGUUCGGUAAGCAAUUUAGCUGUGACUGAGCAUUUUUGCUACACCAGCUUCUAAUUUGGGGAUUUAUUCUGGUUUUCUAGCUUCAUAAAUGCAGUUUUUUAAUGCAUUUUCUCUCGAUUUUAAUCGUGUCCAAUUUUUUACCCGAUUGCGUUAUGCUUCCUCUCUACUGGUGCUGACCCCCACCCCGAUUGAGGAGAGCGAACUGACACACGCCCUCUUCGACAUGUGUGCAGUAGACGACUGCAUCUUUUCACCAGCAAGAGGCGAGUUCAUAUGCGGAUCAGCCUUGUGCACAGAGAGCCACACCCUGUUCAGCAUUAUUCCCCAACUCCAUUAGCCAUCAUUCAGCCAGCAGAGGUCGUAAUUGCAUCAGUUAUGAGGUCCCUAUCCGGCUCCCUCCUCGGAUGAACAACAGCCAAACGUUGUUCAUAUAGUCGCCCAGCCGGGUGGCAGAGCUGAGAUUCGAUACGAUGUAUUCCAAAUCCCAGCUCUGGUGUGCUAGCGUAUUUUACCGCUGCGCCACCUGAGUGGCUCAUAAAUGCAGUUUGAUGAGCUGAAACUAAUUCGUGGACCAAAUCACGUCCACAAAGGCUGCAGUAACACGUUUUUUUGGCCUUGGCUCUCCUAGCCACUUAUUAGCCCCUGUAAACAAUAAAACGCACGAUCAUUAAAGACACUGACAGGUAUUUUUAGGCUUUCUGACUAUCUAUAAACUAUCUAUAAAUGUUUAUGAACAAUAUAUGGACAAUUAAUAGUGAUUAAACUGCUGCACUGCAUGAAGCUUCAGGGGUCAACAUGGCAGAUCAGCUACGCCCUUAGUCAUAAACAACUCAACAAGCUAACAGCAUUUCUGUAUUUAAAUCCAUCAUAAUAUCUGCAUUUCUUGCAAAAAUGUGCUGUGUCCCAAAUAACAUAGGAAAACUGAUAUUUUUACUCUGUAAUAGUCUUCUUAUGAUGCUUUUGGGACACAACCUUACCGUUACUUAACUUUAAUAAGGUUUAGCCCCCGAUUUGAUAUCUGAUCUGAUCUGAUCUGCUAGGCGCACAAUAGGAACCCACAGCGCCCAUAAACUCCCAGUCUGAACCGCCAAACCAAUUUAGGAGCCCAUAAACGUCACUGUGUGUUUAAAUAGAACACACACACAUUUUCUAUAGCAGACGUUACUGGUAUCCCAUGAUUCUUGUAAUGGAACCUGGUUUCCAGUAACUGAUGUCUUUUACCCUCAGCAGUUUUGUAGGUUGUGGGUUUGGUGUUACUUUUGAUUUGAAGCAUGUGGUCACACCUCUGAAUGAGUUAGCUUCUGUGCUACUUGAACCUCAUCAGUGUGGAACAACCACAAGCCAAAUUUCUUGUUUGUUUGUUGUUUUGUAUUUUUUUACACUCAAUAAAUCAUGAUUGAAUCAC